AUAGAACCUUCCUUUUUUUCUUUUCUCUUUUCUUUUUUUGAUGGUCCUGCCCAACAAACCAUGUCUGAAAGAAUCAUAUACUUGUCUUCCAGAGUUUUCUGUUUAUCAAUGUUUUUAAAUAUUAUUACUCCGUAAUCUUUGAUACAGAUCGCACACCAACUUUCUAAUGCUCCAUUACAAAAUUUCUGAUUGCUUCUUGAACUAUUAAAGAAAACUUGCACAGGUACUACUCCAUGUAUGGACAUGUUGAGAAGCUAGCUGAGGAAAUCAAGAAAGGUGCCUCCUCUGUUGAAGGCGUGGAUGUGAAGCUAUGGCAGGUGCCUGAAAUUCUUCCUGAAGAGGUCCUUGGAAAAAUGGGGGCACCACCGAAGAGUGAUGUGCCAAUUAUCACACCGAAUGAGCUUGCUGAUGCCGAUGGCAUCCUAUUCGGCUUUCCAACAAGGUUUGGUAUGAUGGCAGCCCAAUUCAAGUCUUUCCUGGAUGCAACAGGAGGACUAUGGAAAACACAACAACUUGCAGGCAAGCCUGCAGGUAUCUUUUACAGCACUGGUUCUCAGGGUGGUGGACAAGAGACUACUCCUUUGACAUCAAUUACUCAGUUGGCUCACCAUGGGAUGAUUUUUGUGCCUAUUGGAUACACAUUUGGAGCUGGUAUGUUUGAGAUGGAGAAGGUGAAGGGCGGCAGUCCUUAUGGUGCCGGAACUUUUGCCGGAGAUGGUUCAAGGUUUCCAAGUGAUCUGGAGCUGGAGCAGGCUUUCCACCAGGGCAAGUACUUCGCCGGAAUUGCCAAGAAGCUCAAGAGCUCUGCUUAAUCUCCUCAAUGCCAUGCCUUUCCAUGCACAUACUGAUUAGCAGUCCAUGGACCACAUUUCUUUUCGUUUACUUAUUUUGAAAGUUAUCUUUGCUUAUACAAAAUGGCAUAUGAAUAAUUGUGGGGGGCUUGGUUGAUAGUUAGGAGUCAAUGGCCUUCAUAUGAAUCAUAUCUAUAUAUAUGUUUGUUUAGAAAAAUGAAGCUAUUGUUGUGCUAUCUAUUCCACUGUAUUUCUUAUUCCCCUGUUUCAAAUGUCUUUGUGAUAAUGCAAUGAGCCUCCUUAAUGCCUUUGUGAUAA